UUAGAAUUACAAUAUCUAUGUUUGGGAUAAGUUUAUAACCCUAAACAGGCUUGGGAUAUUUAUAUCUAGAAAAGCACAAUCUUGUGCACCCUGGAUCAGAAUUAAUUUUAUCACCACCGUCGCAACCAGUAGUGGUUUCUGCAACUCCGAUCAGAGAAAGAAAAAGCUAAAUGACGCAUCUUCAUCAGCCAUACGAUCCGUAUUACACCCUACAGCAACAACCACCGGCACCGGCAGGAAUUAAUACGCUGUUCGUGUCCGGUCUUCCAGAUGACGUAAAGCCUCGUGAAAUUCAUAACCUGUUUCGCCGGCGCCCUGGCUUCGACUCUUGCCAGCUUAAGUACACCGGUCGCGGUAACCAGGUUGUUGCAUUUGCUACCUUUUCCAAUCAUCAAUCAGCAAUUGCAGCAAUGCACUCUUUAAAUGGAGUAAAAUUUGAUCCUCAAUCUGGAUCCACUCUGCAUAUAGAACUUGCCAGAUCAAACUCGAGGAGGGUGCGCAAACCAGGAAGUGGAGCCUAUGUUGUCAUUGAUAAAAGAACUCAACAGGCAUCUAAUGCUCAAGAAACAUCAAGUGAUUAUGGAGGAAGUGACUCCGAUGAAACAGCUGCACCUGCACCUGCACCGGCACCUGCACCUACAACUGCAACGGACAAUACUGAUUCUGCCAACCAGGGUGAUUUAAUGAAUGUAAAAAGUGAGCCAGCAGGUGAUCCUGACAAUGCUUCGGUACUUGCAAAUGAGUCAGAAAAGACUGCAGAAGGAGGCGUUCAUCCUUGUUCCACUUUGUUUAUUGCAAAUCUAGGUCCAAAUUGCACUGAAGACGAGCUAAGGCACACUCUGUCACAAUAUCCUGGAUUCAAUGUGCUCAAAAUGCGUGCUAAAGGUGGGAUGCCAGUUGCCUUUGCUGAUUUUGAGGAAAUUGAACAAGCUAUUAAAGCCAUGGAGGAUCUUCAAGGAACCUUAUUACCCUCAUCAGAUCGAGGCGGCAUGCACAUAGAAUAUGCCAGGUCCAAAAUGAGGAAGCCAUAGCAGAAAGGGAAUGAGGUGGCAAUUGUAUAUCCUGCCUACAGACUCUGGUUUAAUGUUUUCAUCAUGCAACAGCAUUUUUCAGACCUGGGCAGGGCUACUACUAUACUGAUUUUUCACAUCAUUGUUGUGCUUUAAUUUAUGUACUCGUGAGUCGUGACAAUAAGAAAAACUGGUCGAUUUGUACAUUAGCACGAGGUUGGCAAUAGCCUCUACUUUUUAUCUAUAUCAAUUAUUGCCAAGAAUCCUGAAAUGGCUAAGCUUAAUGCGCAAAUUCAGCUUAAA